CCUCUGCAGAGUUUCAGUUUCAGUUUUACUCCGCAGCGGAAGGGAAGGAAAGCUGAAGAGUGGGCCAACCCAACGAAGAAACUUUACCAAGAACAAUCAGACUUCUCAGAAAGUUACCCAGAAAGUGCUGCAAACACUAACAUCACUAUACAGACAUGGUAGUUGGCAGCUUGGGUGAAAACUGCCCUGACAUCAUGCCUGGUUCAGAGCGAGGUAACACGGCAGACCUUCCUCCGCAGCGCGGCGAACAGCAGUGGGAUCUGGGGGAACAGAUGGAGCCCUUGAGGAUCAUGCUUCUUGGGAAGAGUGGGGUAGGCAAGAGCUCGAGUGGGAACACCAUCCUCGGGCGCACUGUGUUUCUAUCAGACAUGAAGCUGAAGAGAGUCACCAGAGACUGUGAAAAAGAGACUGGGACAGUGAAGGAUGUGCCUGUUGCUGUGAUCGACACACCCGGCCUUUUUGAGACCAUAAAAACCAAGGAGGUCAUUGUGCGAGAUAUUCUCAAGUGUGUCAAACUCCAGGAACCAGGCCCUCACGUCUUUGUGCUAGUAGUCCCCGUAGGACGGAUGACUCAGGAAGACCUAGAUACCAACACACUGAUCGAAGCAAUGUUUGGCACGAGGGUGUGGGACUACACUAUCGUGCUGUUCACGCACGGGGAUCGCCUGGGUGGGAAAACGAUCAACGAUGUCAUCACGGAGAGUGAGGACGACCUUCGCAACUUCAUACGCAAGUGCAGCGGCGGCUUCCAUGUCUUCGACAACAAGAACCCGGAGGACCAGGAGCAGGUGACGAGCUUCGUGGCCAAAAUCCAGACCCUGGUGGCCCUGAAUGGAGGCCAUUAUUACAGCUCGGACCUGUAUCCCUCACAUGAGAGGAAGAUUAGGGAAAAACAGGAGAGCUUACUGACGGAGAGAGAUACUGAGAUCAGCCGCAAGGAGAAACAGCUGAAGGAGCAAUUCCAAGGGCAAGAGCUGGAGGCGAAGAAGAAGGGCCUGUGGAGGAAAGAGGAGGACAAAGCGAGAGCAGAGGCAGAGAAAUACAUCCGCAAUACCUACGUUCUGAAUCGCAUCAUCUUCCUGGGACUGAUACUGGUAAUAGGUCUGGCUCUUCUGGCACCAAUUGUGGGGUUUCCGGCAGUGAUUGUGAUUGCCAUUUUGUAUUUCUUCAAGGAGUCAAUUCUUCGUAUGUCUAUGUCUGCAAAAAUACCGUGGCUUUCUAAGAAAAUCCAAUAGGUGUGCGUUGAGAUAGGGAAUCGUUAGCAAUCAGUCAUCCAGUACUCACGUCUGUCAUAGAUGUUCUGAUGAGAUGGAUUUUAUUUCAGAUAAAUUGUUUGGAAAAUGUUUGUCUUUAAUGUGUCAGUUUAUAAUUCGAAAAAGGAAAA